ACUGCUGCCUGCCGAUCCCCGGAGACGCUUGAACAUCAAGAUCAGAAAAACCAAAUCAUCAAAGCCUUCGCACUAUUUAUUUCACUGAUACAAAUUCUCUCAGAGAGCUCUGUUUAAUUAGCAAUGGCUUUAUUUAGAAAAGCAAAGUCUCCGCUUCAAAUGAUGCUAUUUACCAAAUUAAGUAACUACGGGCAAAGUUACUCUACUUUCGGACUGUUUUCACGGCAGUUUAGUGGUGAAGCUUCCGCCCCAGCUGCGGCGGAGCAAAUGAAUCUCAUUAAGCAGUUGAGAGUAAUGACCAGUGCUCCGAUUAAGGAUGUUAAGGCGUCUCUAGUUGAUUGCAAUUGGGACAUUGAGGCGGCGCAGAAGGAUUUGCGGAAAAGAGGGAAGGCUUUGGCCUCGAAAAAGUCGGGUCGAGCUGCUACCGAAGGUUUACUUGCCUUGGCGCAGACUGAAGGGAGGGCGGCGCUUAUUGAGCUUAACUGUGAAACUGAUUUUGUUGCUAGGAAUGAAAUAUUUCAGCUUUUGGCUUUAUCUUUGGCAAAGCAAGCUUUGCUAGUCGAGAAUACUGCUCAGACGGAUUCUGGGAUUUAUCCGGUCGGACCUGAGUGUUUGGAGGACUUAAAAUUUAAUCUCAAUCAUCCAAAAUUAAGUGGAGAAACAACUGUUCAGAAUGCAAUUACUGAAGUAGCUGCAAUAAUGGGCGAGAAUGUGAAACUCAGACGGGGCUUCGUUAUGUCUACAUCUUCCCCUGGUGUUCUAUCCACCUAUCUGCAUACAAGUCCACAACCUGGUUUGGGUCGUAUUGCUGGACUUGUCUCUUUUGAAAUAGAGAAUGGAAUUUCCCAGUUAGAUACUCUCCACGAUGCUGGAUCGCAAUUGGCAAUGCAUGUGGUGGCAGCAAAACCAUUAUUUUUAACUAAGGAACUAGUUUCCUCUGAUGCAUUAGAAAAUGAACGUGAAGUUCUUAAGUCUCAGGCAGAAAGUACAGGGAAGUCUCAAAUGGCAAUAGAGAAAAUGGUAGAAGGUCGUUUGCGUAAAUACUAUGAGGAAGUUGUUCUUAUGGAGCAAAAGUUCAUAAUAAAUGAUGCGAUAAACGUGAAGACACUGUUAGACAAUCUAUCCAAGGACGUGGGCUCACCGGUGAAGAUACGAAGCUUUUUUAGAAUGGAAGUUGGAGAAGGCAUUCAAAGGCUAGAGUCAUCAAAUGCGGACGAACCUGCAGCCCAGUCUGCUUAAUCAUAGGUGAUUGUGCUCUUUAGUCGACUUUAGCGUCUUAACUAAGAUAUCAUUAGAAAAUGGAGGGCGUAUUUUGGACGAUCAUCUAUCAGUUGAUAGUUUCAGGAAGACAUUGUGGGAACAUAUAUCAGGUAUUGCAAUGCGCAACCCAUUCUUUUUGUAAUAACUGUUUUUGUUAGUUAAGAGGAGUCAUGAAAAGAACAGGUUGAAAAUCAUGAUCAAUUUCUUUUUAAUCCUGCUCGGCCAGUUCUAAUAAAACAUUCAUAAAGAUGUCUGAUUGUUCUUAUAGAAAUUUGCGUUGUACGAAACUCGUGGAGUCUUACAUUUUGGGAGUUCCCAAAAAUAUUUUUGAAAUUUUGAAACUUUAUAUUUAUAAUACAUUCUUGUAAAAUAAA